AUGGAACAACUGCUACUCCACAUCCUCAGACCUCAGGUACGCCAUGCACUCGGCCCGCUGCAGUUUGCCUACCAGGAGAAGGUGGGCGUGGAAGAUGCCAUCAUCUACCUUAUGCACAGGGCACACGCUUAUCUGGACAAGGGGAAAUGUGUUGUGAGAAUCAUGUUUUUUGAUUUCUCCAGUGCCUUUAACACCAUCCAGCCCCUCCGACUGUGUGACAAGCUCCUGCAGAUGGAUGUGAACGUCCACCUGGUGUCCUGGAUUACUGACUAUCUGACAGAGAGACCACAGUUCGUCAGGCUGAAAGACUGUGUCUCUGAGACUGUGCUGUGCAGCACCGGGGCUCCACAGGGGACUGUGCUCUCACCAGUCCUGUUCACCCUGUUCACAUCGGACUUCACCUACAACUCAAGGCUCCAGGAUGGCCAGGAGGGGGAGUACAGAAGCCAGGUGGACAACUUUGUGCAGUGGUGUAGGCACAACCACCUGCAGCUGAACACCACUAAGACCAAGGAGAUGGUGGUGGACUUCAGGAGGUCUCAGCCUCCUCUGCUUCCAGUCUCCAUCGAGGGGGUCGAUGUGGAGGGUGUCAACACCUUCAAAUACUUAGGAGUACACAUGGACCAUAAACUGGACUGGUCAGCCAAUGUGGAUGCAAUCUACAAAAAGGAACCACUCCCAGCCUUCAACCUUCCACAGACCCAUCAACUCCAGCACCCCAACCCUAGUCAGCAGGGUCAGAAUGGCUACAACGGUCCUCAGGGCAAUUCUACAGCCCCUGACAACAGCAGAGACUUCAUUAGUUCCUACAAACAACAGAGGAGCUACUGUGGCGGCCAGCUCCUUAACAGACCUCAACAAAACAGCCCAGGGUACAACCAGAUCGAGAGGGAGCAAAUGAAAGGUUUCCACAAUGGUUUCUCCUCAUCUGAAAACUCUCAGGGCCAAUCUGCUGCAUCCACAAACAUCUGUAGAGACAAAGGACUACCUAUUCCUUCUUCAGAUUGCGAUGCAAUAUACACCCCCCUGGAGUAUGACUGCAUCAAGCCCUCAUCAGAGUCAUCAGCUGCCGACAGAUCUGCAGAAGUUAUCAAUCCAGUUGCGUCCAUGUUCUGGUUGCCCCGGCUCCUCGCCCGCUGGCUCUUCUCAGCUCUGUCUCUGCUGCUCCUCAGUGCAGUGGGCAGACAGACGGGGGGUCUGGAGGGGGCUCAGGCGACGACGUGCACCAGGUGGAGCGCACUGAACAACAAGGUCCUCUCUCAGGACGGGGACGUGAUCCUUGGUGGACUUUUUAAUCUGUAUUACAUACCUUCAGCUGUACAGCAGGACUUCAUCAAGCAGCCACGCUAUGAACCUUGCACUGGCUUAGAUCUUGAGACAUUGAAAUAUUUGUAUGCUUUGGCGUUUGCGGUGGAUGAAAUCAACGGGAACAGCUCCCUGCUGCCGGGAGUCAAGCUGGGCUACAGCAUAGUGGACAGCUGCAGCCGAUACCCGUGGGCACUGCAAGAUGCACUGUCACUGGUCGGAGGAAACACACGCAGCUGCAGCUUAACAGCAUCUACGCCACAGUCUGCAUCGCAUGGACAACCUGGAGACAUAAGUGGGAAGCCUGUUCCUCUGCUGAUUGGGGCUUCCUCGUCCUCAACAGGGAUAAUAUUGUCCAGGACCCUGGGGCCUCUCUCUAUACCAAUUAUCAGCUACCUGGCCACCUGCCCCUGUCUGAGUGACCGGCUCAAGUUUCCUAACUUCUUCAGAACGAUCCCCAGUGACAUUUACCAGGCCAGGGCCAUCGCACGACUGGUCAUACGCUUCCACUGGACGUGGGUUGGGGCUGUACAUGAAGACACUGCCUAUGGUCAAUUGGCGAUGCAGGUAUUUAAGGAGGAGAUUAAGGGGAAGGGUGUGUGUCUGGACUUCGUAGAGAGCGUCCACAGAGAGACCAUUGUGAGAGAUGCCAGACGUGCGGCGCUCACAAUUCAAGCUUCAACUGCGAGGGUGAUUCUCAUCUUCUGCUGGUACACUGACGCAAAGAAGCUGUUUCUGGAGCUAAAUGCAAGAAAUGUGACUGACAGACAGUUUCUGGCCAGUGAGGCCUGGAGCACCAGUGACGAUCUCCUCCAGGACUCUGCCGUCUCCAAUGUGGCCAGCGGCGUUCUUGGCGUGGCUAUCCAAAGUUCAACAAUACCCGGGUUUGAAAAAUAUCUCAGGAAUCUGCACCCAGUUCGUCGUCCGCAUGACGGAUUCUUAAGAGACUUCUGGGAAAAGGAGUUUGGAUGCAGUGCAGGGGGGGCUGCAUCGUUUGCAUAUUACUCUUCAUCUCACCGUGCAUCAAAUGGCUCCACUUCAUCUCCUGCCAAGGAGUCUGUUCAGAGAGCCUCUCUGCCCCCAUGCAGUGGCACAGAGUCUCUGGAGGGGCUGCAGCAUCCCUUCACUGACACCUCUCAACUCAGGGUAGUUUAUAAUGUCUACCUGGCUGUGUAUGCUGCAGCCCACGCCCUCCACAGCCUCCUCUCCUGCUCCAGCAGAGACAGAGACAUCUCAAUAUGCUCCUCUGCAGAUCACAUCAAUCCAAAAGAGCUGUUGCAGCACUUAAACCAGGUGAACUUCACCACACCACAAGGUGAAAUGUUUUAUUUCCAAGGAGCCGACACUCCGGCAAAGUAUGAUCUCGUCAACUGGCAGAAAACUCCAGAGGGGCCAAUGAAGCUCGUUCUGAUUGGCCACGUGGACGGGUUUGAUCUCCACCUUAACCAAUCAGCCAUUCAGUGGAGCACGGGAUCCAAUCAGGUGCCAGUGUCAGUGUGCAGUGAGAGCUGUCCUCCAGGCAGCCGACUGGCCAACAGGAAAGGAGAACCUGUCUGCUGCUUCGACUGUAUCCAAUGUGCUGAGGGAGAGAUUAGCAAUAAAAUUGGUUCCCCUCACUGUGAUCCCUGUCCGUCUGAGUUCUGGUCCAACGCUGAUCGAACGGCCUGCGUCCCUCGCCAGCUGGACUUCCUCUCCUUUAAUGAAACUCUGGGCAUUACCCUGACGGCAGCAGCAGUGUCUGGUGCCACGGUGACGGCUGCGGUGCUCCUGGUUUUUGUUUACUACCAUCAAACACCUAUGGUGCGAGCCAACAACUCAGAGCUGAGCUUCCUGCUGCUUCUGUCUCUGAAGCUCUGCUUCCUGUGCUCGCUGCUGUUCAUCGGUCGUCCGUCAGUCUGGGCCUGUCGCUUCCAGCAGGCGGCUUUCGGGAUCAGCUUCGUGCUUUGUGUUUCCUGCCUGCUGGUUAAAACCAUGGUGGUUCUGGCUGUUUUCCGUUCAGCUCGGCCCGGUGCUGGAUCCUUGAUAAAGUGGUUUGGUCUGUGGCAACAGAGAGGAAGUGUCGGCCUCUUCACCUGUAUACAGGUUAUCAUCUGUGCGAUAUGGCUGUCCCUCAGCCCCCCAGUGCCUCAGCAGGAUUUUGGUAUCCGAGGGUCAAAGGUCACCCUGAGGUGUGCAAUGGCCUCUGUGGUUGGCUUCUCUCUGGUCCUGGGCUACAUCGGCCUGCUGGCCUGCUCCUGCCUCUUCUUGGCUUUUCUCGCCCGGAAACUCCCCGACAACUUCAACGAGGCCAAGCUGAUCACCUUCAGCAUGCUGAUCUUCUGCGCCGUCUGGGUCGCCUUCGUCCCAGCGUACAUUAGCUCUCCUGGGAAGUACAUUGUCGCUGUGGAGAUUUUUGCGAUCCUUGCCUCCAGCUAUGGUUUGCUGCUCUGCAUUUUUGCCCCGAAAUGUUUCAUAAUUCUCUUGAAGCCUGAGAAAAACACUAAGAAACACCUGAUGGCCAGAUAG